CUGUACCCACUGAACCCAGUUACCCACCGGAGUACGAGUCGAUAGUCGAAAAAACUCAUCGCCAGUUCAAUGUCAGCUCACUGACAAUGAGGUAGUGCAAAGUUCGUUCGUUAUAAGGACGUACAGAUUUUCGUGUAUAGAUAAUAUUAUCGUGUUGUGUAUUUCGAAUGAUGCGAAUCACCCGGUGUUUGAUUCUUUAAUAUUUUUCUCGUAAUCGAAAUAUCGCUCAAAUCUGCUCCUGUGGCCAUGUCUGUCCCAAACAGACGCUAGUGCCAAGUUCCAAGUUUUUGCUCCUCUGCUAGUUUACGUUCUUUUUACUUCAUCUGUCUCGGAUACUAUCGUCUAGUCGGCAACAAUGUCGGAAGAUGCGGAAGAAAAUGAGAAAAUUCGUAUGACUCAAGUUAAAGACGCCAAGCAACAACAGCCAACAUCUGGUGGCCAGAAUCUCACCGGUAAUCUUCUCUUUGCUACAUUUGCGGCAGCUGUCGGCUCUGCUUUUCAACAUGGAUACAAUACAGGCGUUGUGAAUGCACCUCAAAAAAUGAUCGAAGCGUGGAUAGGAGACGUCAUGAAGAACGCUUCGAUCGCGAAUGGUGGCACUGAAAUUAUGAACGAACAUACACCGGUAGUGAUUUAUGCAGCCGCAGUUGCUAUCUUCUGUUUUGGUGGCAUGAUUGGCGGUCUAAUGGCAGGCUUAGUGGCCGAAACCCUCGGCAGGAAAUGGGCCAUCAUUUUGAACAAUAUUCUCGUUUUCAUCGCAGCACUUCUCAUGGGCUUGUCGAGAAAAUUCGGGUCGUACUAUAUGUUGAUAAUUGGUCGUUUGUUCAUUGGAGUAAAUUCAGGACUGAAUGCCGGUUUAAUUCCUAUGUAUUUAUCAGAGAUCUCGCCUACCAAUCUUAGAGGAAUGAUUGGCAGCUCUUAUCAGUUGGUGAUCACAAUCUCGAUUUUGUUAUCUCAAAUUUUGGGUAUGAAAGGUAUAUUGGGUUCGCCUGAAGAUUGGCCGAUUUUAUUGUCGCUAAUCGUGGUGCCGGCUGCUCUCCAAGUACUCACCAUGCCAUUUUGUAAAGAAUCGCCGAGAUAUUUAUCGAGUAAAAGCCAAGAUCAGUCCGCCAUCGAAGCUUUGCAGUGGUUUCGAGGCACUACCGAUGUCAACGCUGAAUUUGAAUCCAUGAAAUCUGAAUUCAACUCGCAGAAAUCCACUGGCAGCGUGAGUCUGGGACAAAUGAUAAGUAAUCCGAUGUUACGAAUACCUAUGGUGAUCUCAAUUGUAAUCAUGUUGGCGCAACAACUUUCAGGAAUUAAUGCGGUUAUAUUCUACUCGACAUCAAUUUUUGAGUCGGCUAAAUUGAAAGAUUCAGAGGCACAGAUCGGCACGAUUGCGAUGGGAGCGAUGAAUGUGGCGAUGACCGUCAUCUCCUCGCUGCUGGUUGAAGCAGCUGGAAGAAAAACAUUACUAUUAAUUGGAUUCGGAGGCAUGUUCAUCGACACCGUGUUACUGUUCUUUGCCUUGGAAAAUCAGUUGCCCUAUGUCUCAAUAGUAUUAGUAGUCGGAUUUGUAGUAAUUUUUGCCACCGGUCCGGGAUCCAUACCUUGGUUCUUGGUCAGCGAAUUAUUCAUGCAAAAUGCUCGGCCAUUAGCUACUAGUAUUGCUGUAGGAGUCAACUGGACAGCAAAUUUUUUCGUUGGUCUUGGUUUUCCUAUUCUACACAAUCAUUUCGGUUCCGGAGUAUUUAUCGUCUUUGCAGUAUUACAAAUCCUGUUUACUUUAUUCAUCUAUAAGAAAGUGCCCGAAACUAAGAACAAAUCGAUCGAAGAAAUAUCAGCCGUUUUUCGCCAAAUGUCGUACGAGUCGUAAUUGCAAGAAACAGAGUACAAAAACCUACUACCUACCUAUCUACCUACCUAUUUUUUUCUUAAAUGUUAUCAAAUAUCAGUCAUUGUUGUCGUAGAAUUUAGCUUACAAAUAAAAAUUACUUUCUUAAUUUUGAAA